UUACUCCCAUCUGUAAUGACAGAUAAUAUUGAAAAUUUAGGAGCCAUGGGUACCAUCGAAAGAGACUUAAUGGAGUGUUGCACUGGUUGUGAUUCCAAUAAAGUUACGGAGAGGAAGAAAAGUAUGGAACGACUUUCAGAACUUUUGAUGGACUCACAGACAGCAAAGAUUUUGGGUAGGAGUGACAGUGGAAAUAAUUUAACGUGGGAUUCUUUAUUCCAUUCGGUGCAUAAAUUGAUUUUAAAGGAAGCAGACCGAUUCAGAGCAGAGGAGCAGAAGCCACAAUCAUCAUCAUCUUCCCAAACAAAUAGAGAAAAUAUGAAGCUUAAAUGUUCAGCAUUAAUUGAUAAUGUAGUUACAAAGGCAAUCAAAGGUGUUCCAGAAUUAAAGUGUUCAAAUGUCAUGUUUUGCAUUUUGCAAAUUUUAAAUGAUGUGUAUCUUCGUAAAUGUUUUGGCCGCACAUACUUGUUAAUACUGAAGGAAAUAUUGAGAGUUAGAAAGUAUUGGGGAGAUAUGACCUCUGAUGAUUGGAAUGAGCUAUUGGAUGUGUGUUUUAUGUUGUAUGAGGAACCACCCACUGGUUUGGAUAAGGCUCCAGUGGCAGAAAUAUUAUACUGGAUUGUUAAGUGUGGUACCCUUCAGUCACAUUUGGGACUCCAGCUCAGAAAGAAGUAUGUCCGUUUAUCAUUACAAGCAUCUCUGCUUAAACUUGCAAUAACAGUUUCCAAGCAGUUAGCCAAGGAGUGUAGAAUGGUAACAUGCAAGUUUGGUGAAGAUAUAACAAAAUACGUCAUUAAUUUGUAUGAGAACCGACUAGAAGAUCGCUAUGAUAAGAAGGGUUUGUUGUUUGACUUCCUCUUGCUUCAAAUGCAUCUUCAUCACCCAUAUGGCACGAGGCAGGGUGAGGGAGCAGCUUAUGCCUACAGCUGGGAGAAAUGGCAAAGCCAUCUGAAUUCUAUAUACCGCUUGGUAGAUACAGAGAUAAACAAUGUUCAGCGCAGCAAGUGCAAAAUACAAGUGCUCAGAGAAAACUUCUUGCAGUUGGCUGUUGAAGUCUGCAAGCAGGUAUUUGAAGGUAACAGCAGUGUCCUGGAUGUGACAAAUUCACAUGUGCUGAAUGAGAGUAUGUCCUAUAAUAUGCCAAAAAGGAGACGAGUUGUAGCAGGAAUCCAGACCAUCAUAGAAGUUCUGAGUGCACCAGGAACACAAGACAUUUGGCCUUGGCUGUCAUUAAUGAGCUCGCUUUUGUCCAAGUACCCAAAUGUCUUGAAGGAACAGGAGUUUGUAGCACUGCUACGUCAAGUGACAGAACUACAGAGCACCUGCAAAGAUUCCAUAGUAAUGGGAUACUUAUGUCAAUGUUGUGAGUCAUUGCUGAAAGUGGAGCAGGGUUUGAAACAAGUUCACUUGAAUGCAAAGGAAAUCAGUUUGUUGUGGUUAAAAAUUUGGGAAACAACAUUGAGAACUGUGGGUCUAAACCAGAGUGAGAAGAGCAGCCAUAAGUUGCUACAAGCAAUGAUACUACAUCAGAAAACUCAUCUACCUUCAAAUAUUAUUUACAUGUUUUUGAAUGGAACGAUCCAACUCUCAGAACAUAGCCUCCAAACACUCCAGGUGAUUUUAAAGUGUUGUGAUCUCCCAGAAACUCUGGAAGGAUUUCACAGCGUUCGCUUAAAAGCACCUUAUCAGACUGCUAGCCAGCAGCCUGAAUCUUUGAGAUGUGCCUUAUUAGAUUGGCUGUUACCAAACAAAGGAGAUUUAGGACUUACUGAAUUGAACUUGGUGCCAUUUACACCUUCAUUCAUGUCAAGGUUACUUGUUGAACUUGUUGUUAAAUCACAAUGUGAAGUUGAUGACAGUUGCAUGAGUGAUAACACACGUAAUGAAGAGUUUAUCACAAAUUCUAUUGAAGAUGACUAUAUGAUAACUUCUUUUGAGAUGGGUCUCCUUUUUAAAAACUGCAGUAAAGUUUCAUCUUGCGUGAAUGAGAAAAACAAUACUAGUGCGAAACUAACCAUUGUAUCAGCAAGAGAUAAGCUAGAAGAACUAAUGAAAAGAGAUUGUUCUUUGAUCACAGAAAGGGUCGUAGUACCCCGAGAUUAUACCACAAAGCUGAAAUUACUUACAGAUUAUGUUUCUCAGUGUUUACUUGUUUUAAGUACACUGUCAUGGAUGCUGAAGUGGAAUGUAAUUACAUCAUGUGAUCUUCCUACGGUUAGUCUUACUGGUGCAGUUCAGAAAAUGAUGGCUCAGUUGGCUUCACUUGCAAAGGGGUUUCUUGUGACAACUGGACGGGAGACAAACUUAUCAGUUGUCUUGUGUGUAUUGCACAAGGUGCGACAGCUGUUUGAGGUUGAGCUUCAUGAAGAUGUAUUGAGACUUGUACAAGAGCUGACACCUAAAGAGUUACUGGAUGCUGUGUACAAAGUAACUACAGUGAUGCAUUCACAAGAAGAAAUCAGCAUGGAGCUAAACAAAUUACAGUUUACUAUGAAAGAAGAUUGUUAUGAUGUAUUUAUGGACUCUUCGGGCUCCAGCAUCAUUGAAGAAGCUUCAUCCUCCCUCCUGGAUGUGAGACAUUUAACAGAAAAAGAAAAAGUGCAGACUGAAGCUGUAGGUGUAUUGUGCUCCUAUAGCUGCUGUUACACAGGUAAAAUGUUAAGUGAGCAAUGUAGUGCAGAAUUGACUCGACUGCUGCAGUUCCUCCUGGAAGACAAGCAACCAGCUAGUUCGCUUCGUUAUUUUCAAAUGGCUGUUGCUGUGACAAGAAGAGCUCUCAGCUGUCCAGAACUCAGAGAAGUUCAUGUAUCUUCAAUUCUUAGGAUUAUUCAGGCCUUAUGUAGAAAACAUUAUUUGGAUUAUGAAGCGGCUCUUAUCAUUCUGCAACUUCUUUGUGGUGUGUUCAGACAUGCACAAGACACAGGAUCAAGAGAAAAUUCAAAGGUCUUAUUGAAGGCCUUCCAGAAGAAUGUUAAUUUUAAAAAGAAGUAUGGCCCUGAAGUCAGCAUUCAUUAUAUCAAGUGUCUGGGUGAGCUAGCAGUGGUUGAUCCCAAUGUUAUUUGGGCCACAUGGGAGUCUGGAACACCAGUUGUUAAUGGUGUAGAAGGUGAAGUAACACCAAUUGCAGAAGAAGUGUUAAUUCAUAUCAAGAGUCCAUUCCAUGAAAUGAGGAUGACAGCAGUGAAAUACAUUGGUACUCUUUUCAGCCACCAGAGUGGUGCAAGCCAUAAUGCAAAUCGUCUUGCAUGGCAAAAGAGGAUGUUUGAUAAACUGUGUGUUAUAAUUAUAUCAUCCUUCAUUGUUGAGGGUGAUUUAACAAUGGAGGAAAAGGUUGAUGAAAGUGUAAACCGAACUGCUAGUGCACUGCAUUGCUUUGCUGCUCUUAUUGUCGUUAGUCCAUUCUGGCGUAAGAAGGCAUUAUUUUCUGUAUUGCAGCUUGUGAAGGAGAAGAACUUGAAUAUAGACUUGGUUCGCAAAGUACUUGUGCUUGUGGGUAAGAGCUUGAAAUUACCUAAUAUCACUAAGUUAAUGGAGACCAACCUAAAUUACAUUUUAGUACACUGGAGACAACAACAGUAUGCACUUCAGGAUUUUCCAUGGGUACUGUUUGAUUGCAUAUCAGAUACUGAAUUUUUCACCAAGUACCAGGAGGUGAUUGUUCCUAUUUUACUGCAAAGGGAAGAUGAUGAAUGUUUGGAGAUUGUAUCUCGUAAAGUUGGCAAGACAAUGGCAAAGUUAGCGGAGCUAUGCUGCCCCCGUAUUAUUGCUUGCUGUGUGCCAUGUUUUGCUGCUGACUUUUCUGAUGGUCUGAAAGACAUGGAUGUGCGAAUUGCAAAACGUCUGUAUACAAAGUUACAACAAAUUCUUCCUGAGGACAGAAUAACUUACCACUUGAACCAUCAACUGGAUAGGGUUAUUGUCCAUUUAAUGAGACUUCUGUUUGAUCCAGAACACUUUGGUAAACUUUGUGGAGUUAGCAAAGAGAUCUUGUUUGAUCCUGAUUUACCAUACUUCAGUAUUUCCAUAAUUACAAAAAGUCUUCUGUAUCUACAGGAGAAUUCUCCAAAACCAGAGCUCUCUCUUGUUGCAUACUUGGCUAAAGAAAGUUCAGACUGCAUACAGAAGAUACUUUUGUGCCUUGCAGUUGAUAUUCAUCAAGUACCAACGCUUGAAGAUAAACUAAAGUCUCUCCAUCAUUAUGCUACAUUUGCUGAUAUCUUGGUAAAUGAACUAGGUGUCAAAGGAGAUGGGCUUAGUGACAUGGCCACAUUUGUUAUCAGAGAUGUUUCACAUACUCUUAUUCAUUUAAUAAAACAUAGUUACCAAAGGAAGGAAUUUUCUUUGGCUGUUGCAUCAUGCCACUUCUACAGGAUGUUUUGCAGUAAAUGCUUCCCAGCUUGUUCCUCUGUUGUAAAGACAUUCCUUCUGGUGAUUGUGGGUAUUCUUGUGCCACUUGCGAAGUUGAGUUGUGAUUUGGGUGCAGAGAGUAGAGCACUACUCAGGUUUCUUGUUGUUGAGAACAGUAAGCACUUAUCACCAGCCAUUGAGAUGCUGGAUCCAUUCCCAAGAGAUGUGAUAUUUGAAGAAAUGCAUGAGGUAUAUACCACAAUAGUACAAGCGAAGAGGAUGGAUACUCUUAAAGAGAGUAUUAGGUAUUUCCUAAAUGCUGGCAAUAAGAACCUUGGAUGUAGAGCUGAAGGCCUAAAGCAUCUGAGGACUCAGCUCUCUGAAAAAAAGCAAGAGUUGAAUAUGCUGUACAAGGAACUGAAUGAUAUGAGAGGAUUCUCUGAGGAUUGUGCCAAGAGUUUGCUUCAUCAGUUGAUAUGCAUGUUGGUUGAACUAACAUCUGUACCAGAUUCAAGGAUCAGGCAAGAAGCAUCAAGAUGUUUGGGUGAACUUGGACCUGCUAAUCUGACCACCAUGAUACUGAAGCCAGAAGAAAGCCAGGAAUUACAAGGGAAUGUGUUUGGAAACAGCUCCAUUUUGAUGUUCACAGCUCACAUUUUGAGUGUUCUGGUGGACUUUCUAGUCGAUGAGAACAUCAUCGUGGUGGAAGCAGCUAGUGCAGCUCUGUAUAAGAUCCUUGCAUCUCGAGAAGGUCAACAGGUCAUAGCAGGUACCAGUGGAUUUGAUAACCAGUAUAUAAUACCAUUCAAGGCAGACAGAAAUACAAGACAUGAUUCAUCACUGACUGUAAAUGAGGACAAAUUCAAUGAAACAGUAGAUGUAGAUUGCCUGUGGUGUCCUGUGGAAGAAUGUAGCCAUGAGAAAUGGGUCACUUCUUUGGUGUGCACUAUCUUGAAAACAUUCCCACAGGAAAAUUGCUUUAUCUCACAGUUAGUUCCUGUUUGCAGUGCAAAGGUAUCAUUUGCAGAGCAAAUACUGCCAUUAUUAGUGUAUCUUGUUCUAAGCACAGGCAGUGAAGUCUGUAACAUCAUCAUGAAUAGAUCCAUUUGCUACUUCUUCAGGAGUCACUUUGAGGCCUGUGUCCAACUGGACAAAGGACAUAGCACUUCUCCAUUGCCAGUUCUCAGACAUUGUAAGGAGCAGGUGUGUUUCAAUAGAGCAUCUGUACAGUGUAUGCUAAAUGUUGUACAUUUUGCACGACUUCAGAAAUGUUUGAAGCCCAAAGAAAGGAAGGAAGGCACAAAUUCUCAAUGUUUGGAAUUGAAUUAUCUACAUGUUGCCCAGGCUGCUCAGUUUUGUUCUGCAUACUUUACAUCAAUCUUGUAUGCUGAACUGUGGUGUGAUGACAGCAGGGAAAGCAUGGACAUUGAUUGUGCUGGUGGCCAGUCUCUCUCAUCACUAGAGUACAUCUGUGACAGAAGUGCACAAAAUGGAGAGACACUUCAAAAUAUACUGAAAGAGGCUUACAAGAAGAUUGGUGAUGAUGAUGCUGUAUAUGGGUGUGGCUCUUCACAUAUAUUGGAUCCUCAAUCACGUAUUAGUCACUAUGAGCUAACUGGUAAUUGGCAAAAUGUGCUUCUCUCAUAUGACUUUUUGCUGUCCAGUGGGAAUGAAGAUGCAACAGGAGGUAUGCUGUAUGCAUUGAAGAGGCUUGGUCUGUAUCAUAUUCAAAAUUCUUAUCUGACUGGUGGGAUUCAUUCUGAAUAUGAGGAUUACCAAUAUGAAUGUGGAUGGAGACUUGGUCAGUGGAAUCUGUUAUCCACAGAGAACAGUAAAAAAUUAUGUGGUAGUGAAACAGAUGUUGCUAGUGGCCUGGAGUCACUGAUAGCAAAAGGAGAGUAUGAGAAACAUCACUACAUGUCACUGAAAGCAAUGCGUGAUUUAGAUUUUACAAGUGUUGAAAGAGCGGUGGCAGCAGCGAGAAAGUAUGUUAUAGAUUCUUUAGCACAUGCAAGCUUGGAAUGUAGCAAAAAUCUCUAUCAUGCCCUGUCACAGCUUCAAACAUUGCAGGAGAUAGAAGACUUUGUGUCGGCUUGGAAGUCGGGAGAGGUUGAUAAUGUAGAAACAGUUCUGGAUAAGUGGAAUAAGCAGGGGCAGCUUAAUCUCAGUGAAUUUCAAUACAUAGAACCAAUCCUUGCACAGCGGGCAGUGUUGUUACAUAAUGCAGUGCUGGUAGAGAGGAAUGAUGAAAUGAAACAGCAGUUAGCUGUAUACUUAGCAGAUAUUCAACUUAGCACAGCUAAACUGGCACGGACUGAGGGCUGGCAUCACGUAGGAUAUCGUUGUCUUUGUAUGUUGUCACAAGUUGGAAGAUUGUCAUCAGUUGCUCAGGGACAGUUGAAGCUAGAGCAAGCACAGUUAUCAUGGGGGAAAGGUGAUCAUGAAGUUGGGAGGUGUAUCCUUCGUUCACUCCUUGGUGAACUGUCUUUGAUUGGUGAUGGAACUGAUGAGGAUAAAUUACUUUAUUCCUCUGCUCUUACACUGUAUGGCAACUGGAUGGUUGAAACCAGAUCUGAAAACUCUCAGAUGAUUGUUGAUCGUUACUUCAAGAAAGCCCUGCACGUCCUAGAUGGAGUGAAGUACAGUGAGGAGAGCCAUUUGGAGACAUACUCUUCACUGGCACGGUUUGUGGAUGCAGAGUAUCAGCAACUCAUGGGAAUACUGAAUUCAUCUGCAUUUGAAUCAAAACAGCAGUUCAUGACUAAAGCCAGGGAGGAGGCAGAGAAACUACAACAACAGAAGAAUAAGACAAAGGAUGAGAAUAGGAAGAUACACAUGUGCCAGAAAAUGAGCAAAAUUGAUGAGGCAGAGAUGAAGAACAGGGAGAAGGAAAAAAAUGUAUACCUGAUAGAUGCCUUGAAGUAUUACCUCUUGAGCCUUGAACAUGGGGUCCAGCAUAGCUUGCAGGUUUUUCGCUUGACUUCUCUCUGGCUAGAGAACACUACACAUGAAGAGGUCUGUAAGGUGCUGAGGCAACAUUUACAUCGCAUUCCAAGCUACAAGUUUUUGCCUGUCUUACCACAGUUAGCACCCCGGAUAAGUAACAGCAUGUCGGACCCAUUUGUCAGCGAAUUAAGUGCAUUGUUACAACGCUGUGCUAUCGAGCAUCCCCACCAUACACUACCUAUAAUCCUUGCAUUAGCCAACUCAUACAGAGAUCAAGAUUUUACUGGUGGCAGACAGAAUGAAAGGAAGUCAGAGCCUCGAGUGCUAGGUGCUCGAAACAUAGUGCAGUGCUUAAAUGCAUGUGAUGAAGUCAGGGCCAUUCUGACACAGAUGGAGGGUGUGGCAACAGCACUUAUUAAGCUGGCAUAUUGUGAAGUAGAAGGCAAAAGUAAAUCAUAUCCUAUUGAGAGGACCCUCCUGAAGCAGUUAGAAGACAAUGACCUGGUGCUUGUGCCUACUCUGACAAUACCAGUAAAAAAUAAUUGCCAGUAUGAUGACAUUAUUGGAAUUCACAGAUAUGUUGAGACCUUUUCUCUUGUUGGUGGAGUGAAUGCACCAAAGAAAGUAGGAUGUGUUGGCACAGAUGGAAUAGAAAGACCACAACUGGUUAAGGGAAAAGAUGAUCUUCGUCAAGAUGCUGUGAUGCAGCAAGUGUUUAGUAUAUUAAACACACUUCUGAAGAACAAUAAGGAAACACAGAAAAGAAAGCUCCUUAUCAGAACUUACAAAGUGGUGCCUCUGUCACAGCGAAGUGGAGUUCUGGAAUGGUGUCAGAAUACUGAGCCAAUGGCCACAUACCUGAUAGGGCCUAAUGGUGCUCAUCGCAGAUAUUAUCCUCAAAACCUCACGCCUCAGGCCUGCAGGAAGGCCAUGAUGGAUGUGGCACAAAGCUCAAAUGAAAGGAAACUUCAAACUUACAUUAAUAUCUGCAAGUCAUUUAAUCCAGUCUUCCAUUACUUCUUCUUGGAGAAUUUCCCAACACCUGGAGUUUGGUUUGAGCGAAGACUUGCCUAUAUUCACAGUGUGGCAACAUCAUCCAUGAUUGGUUAUAUCUUGGGACUAGGUGACAGACACACUGUGAAUAUUUUGGUGGACAAAUCUACAGCUGAAGUGAUUCAUAUUGAUUUUGGAAUUGCUUUUGAGCAAGGCCAUAUUCUGCCUACUCCUGAAACUGUACCCUUCAGACUCACAAGAGAUGUAGAAGAUGGCUUGGGUGUGUCUGGAAUAGAAGGAGUUUUCAGAAGGUGUUGCGAGAAAACAAUGUCUGUCCUAAGACAAAACCAGGAAACCAUUCUGACCAUCUUGGAAGUUCUUCUGUAUGAUCCUCUGUAUGCUUGGACAAUAUCUCCAAGCAAAGGUUAUAACAUCCAGGAGCGGACACAUAAAGCAGAUACUGAUUAUUGUGAACCUGAAGCCACUGCGGGUGAAGUGAAUAGAAUGGCAGAGCGAGCGUUAGUAAGGUUGCGACAGAAGCUGCAAGGAACAGAAGAGGGGACAGCAACUAGCGUUGGUGGACAAGUGAAUCGAUUAUUACAGCAAGCCCGCGACCCAGGGAAUUUGAGCCGCCUCUUUCAUGGCUGGCAGCCAUACCUUUGAGAGUAUGAAAUAUUGGGAUAUGCGGUGUAACAUGUUAUUCACUGUGACACAGAACUUCAUGAACUUUGGUCAAAAUACUUGUAUAGAGCUGUGAUAUGUUCUCUUGUUUUGGUGUUUCUUACUGUGAAUGACAUGUAUCUUCCAGCAGAAACAAACACGGAAAUAUAAUAUAUCUAGUGUUACUGCAUUUAAAAUGUUAAAAGUUCAUAAAUAAACAAACAUUUUUGGUUGAUCCCAA